AUGACCGUAACAUACAGCAAAGAAGUUGCAACUUCUAAUUUUUCUUGUUUCCUCAAAUUAUUAUCGAGAUGGCGGGGGAGUAUAUACAAGCUAUUGUGGAAAGAUUUCAUCGUAUUUGCCUUUCUCUAUUUCCUUCUUAGUUUUGUGUACCGUUUCGCUAUGAACGACUAUCAAAGAAAAGUUUUUGAAAUGAUCUCUCUGUACUGUGAGAGUAACAACGCACGCAUCCCAGUUGCAUUCAUCUUGGGGUUUUACGUGUCUCUGAUAAUGACGAGAUGGUGGAACCAGCUGGCACUCAUUCCCUGGCCUGAUCACAUGGCCAUGUUUGUUACUGCCAACGUUCAAGGAGCUGACGAGAGAGGCAGGAUGAUGAGAAGGACGAUGGUCAGGUACAUAUGUCUGGCCUUCACACUGACCAUGUCCUGCAUCAGCCCUGCGGUGAGAAAGAGGUUUCCAACAAACGAUCACAUGGUUCAAGCAGGGAUAAUGACCGAGAACGAAAAAAAUAUUUUGGAAAAGAUACCUGACAAAUAUGGAAACUUUUUCAUACCUCUGUGUUGGAUCACCACACUGGUGAACAGAGCAAGGAGGGAAAACAGAGUGAAAGAUGACAUGGCUCUCAAAACUUUAGUCGCCGAAAUAAAUGAAGUCAGAAGAUGUCUAGCCACACUGAUGGUUUAUGAUUGGAUAUCCGUUCCUUUGGUCUAUACACAAGUAGUCACGUGGGCCGUGUACAUGUUCUUCCUGGCGAGUCUGAUGGGCAAACAAUUCCUAGCAGGGAAACAAGACAUGUACUUUCCACUGUUCACGUUUCUGGAAUAUUUUUUCUAUAUGGGAUGGUUAAAGGUCGCCGAAUGUCUCGUCAAUCCAUUUGGAGAAGAUGAAGACGAUUUUGAUGUUAAUUUCCUCAUAGAUAGAAACUUAUGUGUAGCGUACACAAUUGUGGAUGAUGUGCACAAGGAGCAGCCUGAAAUGAUCAAGGAUAUUUACUGGGACGAACAGGAAUUUGAAAUGCCGUACACGGUGGCGUCCGAACCCUUCCGAGUUCAAUACCCUCACAAAGGAUCCGCUAUUGAUUUGGCGUUAGAUAUUACAUAA